AUGGGGAGCCCCCGGCCCGCGCUGCUCUUGCUCCUGUUGCGCCCAGUCAAGCUUCUGCGAAGGCGCUUCCGGCUGCUGCUAGCGCUUGCCCUGGUGUUCGUGGGGCUCUGGACUCUUUAUCUGGAGCUGGUGGCAUCGGACGAGGUCAACGGGAACCCCUUGUAUCGGAGAUAUAGCAGUUGGAGGGAACUUGCCAAGGCUCUGGCUAAUAGAAACAUUUCUGCUGUGCAUCCGAAGUUCUACCAUCCCCAGAAACAAGACUUCAAGGUCCAAGAGUCGGACAGAGGGGGGCUCAGGAAUGAGAGCUAUCUGCAAUGGAACAAGCCUGUUCCCUGGAUCUCAGAGUUCCAGGGUCGUGCCAACUUGCAUGUGUUUGAAGAUUGGUGUGGAAGCUCCAUCCAGCAGCUCAGAAGGAAUCUUCACUUUCCACUCUACCCCCAUACCAGAACCACAAUAAAGAAGCUAGCUGUGUCUCCUAAGUGGACCAACUAUGGACUCCGGAUCUUUGGCUACCUGCACCCUUUCACUGAUGGAAACAUCGAGUUUGCCAUUGCUGCAGAUGACAACGCUGAGUUCUGGCUAAGCUCCAGUGACCAGAUAUCAAGCCUCCAACUGAUGGCUAGUGUGGGCAAGACAGGAAAGGAGUGGACCGCCCCCGGAGAGUUUGGAAAGUUCCGAAGUCAAAUUUCCAAGCCAGUGAGGCUGUCAGCUUCUAGAAGGUACUACUUUGAGGUGUUGCACAAACAGAACGACCAAGGCACCGAUCACGUGGAAGUGGCGUGGCGACUGAAUGACCCCGGGGCCAAGUUCACAGUCAUUGACUCUCCAUCCCUGUCUCUCUUCACAGAUGAGGCACUGCUCAAGAUGGAUGAAGUGGCCCACAUCCCACAGACAGUGGCCAGCCAUUCAGGCCCUCUGGAUCUCCUACCCACAGAUCAGGAGCACCCCGCUGACAUGCUGAAGCCUGAUCCCCGAGAUACCCUUUACCUAAUGCCUUUGAUCCCCAAAUCUCAACUCCGCCGGGUCCUUCCAGAUUGCCAAUAUAAACCCAGCUACCUAGUGAAUGGCUUCCCCCUACAGCGCUACCAGGGACUCCAGUUUGUUCAUUUGUCUUUUGUUUACCCAAAUGACUAUACCAGAUUGAGCCAUAUGGAAACCCAUAACAAAUGCUUCUACCAGGAGAGCUCAUACUCUCUGGACAAGUUUGGCUUUCAGAAAUAUAUCAAAAUUGACCAACUGGACAGACAGAGUCCAGAGUUCAAGGAGAGACCGGAGCAGCCAGGUUUUGAAGAGGACCUUCACAGUGAGUCCCAGUAUGGAGAUCAGGGGGCAGAAUUCCUCCUUCCCACUGACCAGGGCCCUAGGAUCAUGGAACAUCGGGGCAACCCUACUUCUGCCCCCAGUCAGGAUGCCACUGACUAUCACCUGAGAAGCCGGCGAAAGCUCCUGUCCAUGCUUCAGAGGAGUUCAGUAGGAGCUUUGCCAAACAAGAGCUACAAAGCUUCCUCUACGGUGAGGACAAGUGACACCCCACUCCAGAGCUACAGGAAUGAUCAAGAGGCCAGCCUUAAGCAUAUCCAUGGAUCAUCUCGUUCCAGCCAACGUUCCAUAGGGCACUUGGCAAUGACUUCCCCCCUCUUCAAAAGAUCUAGGACAGGAGGGAGCCCCCAGAGGCAGACCUUAGAUCAAUCUCAGUGGCUUAAUCAAGUUCAGUCAUUCAUUGCGGAACAGAGAAAGGCCGAUGGAGCAGAACCAGAGGCUCGUGGGAGAAUUCAGGAUGGGGAGGAGGUGGUGGCGGCGGCUGAAGAUGAGGAAAGGCCAUUGGAGGGGGAGGAAGAGGAGGAAGAAGAGGAAGAGGAAGACCUAGGGGAUGCUUUUGAAUAUGUGCCUCUCUUUGACCCUGCGGUGAAUUGGAACCAGACCUUCAGUGCCCGAAAUGUGGACUUCCAAACUCUGAGGACUGAUUGGAUUGAUUUAAACUGUAACACAUCAGGCAACCUUUUGUUGCGGGAGAGAGAAGCCUUAGAUGUCACCCGUGUAUUUCUGAAGAAGCUAAACCAGAAGAUGAGGGGGCGAUACCAACUCCAUCGUGUUGUGAACAUAGAGAAACGUCAGGACCAGCUUCGAGGCAGCCGCUACCUGUUGGAGCUGGAGCUGCUGGAGAAGGGGGGUCGGCUCGUGCGGCUCUCAGAGUACGUGCUGUUGAGGGACUGGCGAGGGCUUAAUGUGGGGGGUGGCAAGGAGCCGGAAGCACGCAACUUACGUGGCAUGGUCUUGGGCCACCAGCGCCAGCGGCAUCUGCUAAACUUCCAGUCCAAAGAACCUGAACUGUGCUGGCCCCUUGGCUUCUCCUGGAACCAUCAUGCUCUUGUCCACUUUAUUGUACCCGUGAAGAACCAGGCACGAUGGGUUCAGCAGUUCAUCAGUGACAUGGAGAAGCUGGCCCAGGUCACUGGUGAUCCCUAUUUCAACAUCAUCAUCACUGACUACAGCAGUGAGGACAUGGAUGUAGAGAUGGCACUCAAGAGAUCCCGUCUACGAAGCUACCAGUAUUUGAAGUUGACCGGGAACUUUGAGCGCUCCGCAGGGCUUCAGGCUGGCGUGGACCUGGUGAAGGACCCACAUAGCAUUAUCUUCCUGUGCGAUCUCCAUAUACACUUUCCACCUGGAGUCAUUGACGUCAUUAGGAAGCACUGUGUAGAGGGCAAGAUGGCCUUUGCUCCCAUGGUGAUGAGGCUGGAGUGUGGGGCAACACCUCAGUGGCCUGAAGGUUACUGGGAGGUGAAUGGAUUUGGCCUGCUGGGCAUCUACAAGUCAGACCUGGACAAGAUUGGAGGCAUGAACACCAAGGAAUUCCGGGACCGCUGGGGCGGAGAGGACUGGGAACUCCUGGACAGGAUUUUACAGGCUGGCCUAGAAGUGGAACGCCUUUCCCUUAGGAAUUUCUUCCAUCGGUAUCACUCCAAGCGGGGCAUGUGGAACCGUCGCCAGACGAACAUGCCAUGA